AUGUCCUCGAUUCUCCGCCAAAUAGUGGCAGGUCCCAGAUUACAGCAUCCAGAAGCGAAUCUCGAUCUAUGCUACGUUACAGAUAACAUAAUCGCUACCUCCGGCCCCUCGGGUACCUAUCCCCAACGAGCCUACCGCAACCCCCUCGACGCCCUAGUAACCUUCCUCGACUCAAAACAUGGCUCAAAUUGGUGUAUCUGGGAAUUCCGCGCCGAAGGAACAGGCUACCCCGACUCAGAGGUCUAUGGACGAAUCCACCAUUUUCCAUGGCCGGAUCACCACCCGCCGCCCUUCGCCCUGAUCCCUGAUAUUAUGGGCAGCAUGCGAAAUUGGCUGCACCACCUAGACGAAAAGGAAAAGGAUCCAGAGUCAACUGAAACUAAGCAAACCUCGGAAUCCGCAAGAACAGAGAGCGACCGCGUCGUAGUCGUGCACUGCAAAGCAGGCAAAGGCCGCAGCGGGACGAUCGCAUCGGCAUACCUGAUUAGCCAAGAAGGGUGGAAAAAAGAAGAUGCAUUACAGCGAUUCACGGAGCGGCGAAUGCGUGUCGGAUUUGGUGCUGGAGUCAGUAUCCCCAGCCAGCUCCGAUAUGUGGAUUAUAUCGAUCGAUGGACGAACCAGAUGAACAAAACGUACAUCGAGCGUCCGGUGGAGAUUGUCGAAGUCCACGUCUGGGGGAUUCGCGACGGCGUCAAAGUUGCUGUGGAGGGGUACGUGGAUGAGGGCAAGAGGAUAAAAUGCAUCCACAUGUUCCAUCGGCGUGAGCGGACGGUGAUAGAAUCCGGGAACACAACGCCCAUGAAACAAGAUGGGAAUGCAGAUGGACCCGUUUCUGCCGCGACGUGGGCGCCAUCAGCUAUCGCUUCACAAUCUGACACCUCCACGUCGGAUAUUACGCGCCGAUCAACCGCUUCCCCGUCAAACACAUUAUCCGCUGUCAUAUUCCGACCCGCGAAACCCGUCAUCGUGCCCGGUUCCGAUGUGAAUAUUGACUUCGAGCGCCGAAGUAAAGCUUCCUAUACUGGGUUUGCGAUGGUAACGUCUGUCGCGCACGUGUGGUUCAAUCCUUUCUUCGAAGGUGGUGAUAAGCAUGACUCGGGCGUCUUUGAGACAGAGUGGGACGCUAUGGACGGGAUCAAGGGGAGUGUGAGAAAGGGGAUCCGCGCACUUGAGCGAUUGAAGGUUGUAUGGCGGUAUCCGGAUUCUGUGGAGCGUGACAGCACGUCUGGACGACCGAUUAGUGAACCGAAGCCUGGCGAGCCGAUUUGUGAAAGUCACCCCGCCGAUUGGCGGCAGUCACAGGGACAGGAAAAUAAACCCCCUGUACCCGAACGUGAAGCUUCAGAUUCAGCGCCUGCUGCAACUGGGACGAAUACCAGUGCGGCUGCACCUACUAUGCUUUCUCCGCAUGAUCAGCAGACGGAUUCUAGUAAGGAUGUGAGUUUGGCUGGGAGUGAAGAUGAGGGUCAGGUUAUUAAAGGCAAGGGGAAUGGAAAUGGGAAUGGAGACAUUGAGGGCGUGAGGUCUUAUUUCAAGGAUGGUCAGGAUAAGGGUUAA